AUGGCCCCAGACAGCCAGAAGAGACCCUCCAAGUCCUCCGGCUCCGGGCUCGGGUCUUCACCGACAGGAGUCCAGAAACCAUCCGGGUGCAACUCGUCGACCCGCCAACGCAAACGCCAACUUCGUUCUCCUUCUUUCCGCAUAGUGGACCGGGAAAUGAAAACAGAAAAUAGUCAUAGCCACCAGAACUCUUAUGUCCCUCUCCCUCCAUCUCAGUCUACAGUUCCUCGGUCCGCUACGCCUCAGGCUAUUGCCCCUCAGCCAGGGGAUCCUCGUUCUGUCGUAUCGGUACCUGUUACACUUCCACCCUGGACUCAGCCCCUGUCCGCAGCCAGCCCUUCGAAACAGAAGACCAAGGACCUGAACCCGGCUAUGCCUACGCACCCGGCUACGGCGACGGAGUUGAUCAGAGCCGACGAGCGCCUCAGGAUGCGCGAAGAGCUUCUAGACCGUGGCUACAACGUGCCGAACGAUCUAUUCCAGGAGCAGCAGCAGCGGCAGCAACACCAGGGAAAGAAGACAGAAAAUGAAGAUGAGGACGACGACGAGGAGGAAAAAGAACCGCACAACCUCACCCCGGGCCAGAAGCUGCGGCGCGUCGAGCUGUCCAUCGAUAUCGAGGAAGAGAAAGAGCGGCUGAAGUCGUGCCAAACCGCGGCCGAGGCGGCGAAGGCGGCUUUCGUGGCUGCCGAAAAGGCGUUCCGGAAGGCCAAGGAUCAUCACCGGGUCUGCGCGAAAGAGCUGCGGCAAGCGAGAAGCCGGUUGGACAAAUUGUCGAAGAUGUACCGGGCUGUCUAG